AUGAAUACCUGUGUGACUGUCUUUGUCGUGGCUGUGGCUCUUUCUAUGGUCCACUCCAUGGACUAUAGAGCACUUCACCAGUUCAGGGCCAUGAUCCUAUGCAUGAAGCCGGACAGUUGGCCGGCUCUUGACUACGCCGACUAUGGCUGCUACUGUGGACUCGGAGGCUCUGGAACCCCCGUUGAUGAUCUGGACAGGUGCUGCCAAGUGCAUGAUCAGUGCUACAGUGAUGCCAUGCAGCAUCCUGAAUGCUGGCCCAUCCUGGACAACCCGUACACGGAAAUCUAUGACUACACCUGUGACGAAGCAAACAAGAAGCUUACCUGCACAAGCAGCAAUGAUGAGUGUGAGAUGUUCAUCUGUGAGUGUGACAGGAAAGCGGCAGAGUGUUUCGGCGUUUCACCCUGGCACCCUGAGCACGAGCACCUGCCCAGUGAUCGGUGUCAAUAAAGAUCUUCAGCAGAACCAUGA